AUGGAGAGAGCCAUGGAGCAGCUCAACCGCCUGACGCGUUCGCUGCGCCGUGCGCGAACCGUGGAGCUACCCGAGGAUAAUGAAACUGCUGUAUAUACAUUAAUGCCAAUGGUUAUGGCUGAUCAACACAGAUCUGUUUCUGAACUACUAUCAAAUUCAAAGUUUGAUGUCAAUUAUGCUUUUGGACGUGUGAAAAGAAGCUUGCUUCACAUUGCAGCAAAUUGUGGCUCGGUGGAAUGCUUGGUUCUGCUAUUAAAGAAAGGAGCAAAUCCUAACUAUCAAGAUAUUUCAGGCUGUACACCCCUUCAUUUGGCAGCUAGAAAUGGGCAGAAGAAAUGCAUGAGUAAAUUAUUAGAAUACAGUGCUGAUGUCAACAUUUGUAAUAAUGAAGGCCUUACAGCAAUACACUGGUUGGCUGUGAAUGGGCGGACAGAACUACUCCAUGACCUUGUGCAGCACGUCAGUGAUGUUGACGUUGAGGAUGCAAUGGGACAGACAGCGCUGCACGUGGCCUGCCAGAAUGGACACAAGACGACAGUGCAAUGCUUGCUAGACAGUGGUGCUGAUAUUAACCGGCCAAAUGUAUCAGGUGCCACUCCACUGUACUUUGCAUGCAGUCAUGGUCAGAGAGACACAGCACAGAUUCUUUUAUUACGAGGAGCGAAAUACCUGCCAGAUAAAAAUGGAGUAACCCCUUUGGAUUUAUGUGUACAGGGUGGAUAUGGAGAGACUUGUGAAGUAUUAAUUCAGUAUCACCCUAGGCUUUUUCAGACAGUUAUUCAAAUGACACAGAAUGAAGAUCUCCGAGAAAACAUGUUACGGCAGGUUCUGGAGCAUUUGUCUCAGCAGAGUGAAAACCAAUACCUAAAGAUUUUAACAAGCCUUGCUGAAGUUGCUACAACAAAUGGGCAUAAAUUGCUUAGCCUGUCUAGCAAUUAUGAUGCUCAAAUGAAGAGCCUUUUAAGGAUUGUGAGAAUAUUUUGUCACGUCUUUCGAAUUGGUCCAUCCUCUCCCAGUAAUGGCAUCGACAUGGGCUACAAUGGGAAUAAAACGCCAAGAAGCCAGGUGUUCAAGCCUCUGGAAUUGCUUUGGCAUUCAUUAGAUGAGUGGUUAGUUUUAAUAGCCACAGAAUUGAUGAAAAAUAAGGAGGACUCAACGGAUAUCACUUCUCUUUUACUGAAACAAAAAGGCCCAAAUCAUCAAGAUGCCACUUCCAUUUCUCCAUUUGAACCUCCAGGACCUGAGAGCUAUGAAAAUCUAUCCACUAGCACAAAGGAAUCUAAACCAGAUGCUCUUGCAGGGAAACAGGAAGCCAAUGCAGAUUGUCAGGAUGUUAUUUCUGUGACAGCUAACCGGCUAAGUGCUGUCAUUCAAGCUUUUUACAUGUGCUGUUCUUGUCAGAUGCCUCCAGGUAUGACUUCACCCCGUUUCAUUGAAUUUGUCUGCAAACAUGAUGAAGUUCUAAAGUGCUUUGUUAACAGAAAUCCCAAAAUAAUAUUUGACCACUUUCACUUCCUCCUUGAAUGUCCUGAGUUGAUGUCGAGGUUCAUGCAUAUCAUUAAAGCACAGCCAUUUAAAGAUCGUUGUGAGUGGUUCUAUGAACAUUUGCAUUCAGGGCAACCGGAUUCAGACAUGGUGCACAGGCCGGUGAAUGAAAAUGACAUCUUGCUGGUUCACAGAGAUUCUAUUUUUAGGAGUAGCUGUGAAGUUGUUUCAAAAGCAAAUUGUGCAAAACUAAAGCAAGGGAUUGCUGUGCGGUUCCAUGGGGAAGAAGGCAUGGGUCAAGGUGUGGUACGUGAGUGGUUUGAUAUUCUAUCUAAUGAGAUAGUCAAUCCCGAUUAUGCAUUGUUUACUCAAUCAGCUGAUGGAACAACUUUUCAGCCCAACAGCAACUCUUACGUAAAUCCAGACCACUUGAAUUAUUUCCGGUUUGCUGGACAGAUUUUGGGGUUAGCCUUGAACCAUAGGCAACUGGUCAAUAUUUACUUCACAAGAUCAUUCUACAAACACAUUCUUGGUAUUCCUGUAAAUUACCAAGAUGUGGCAUCCAUUGAUCCAGAAUAUGCCAAAAAUUUGCAAUGGAUUUUAGAUAAUGAUAUUAGUGAUCUGGGCCUAGAACUCACUUUUUCUGUUGAGACUGAUGUGUUUGGCGCAAUGGAAGAGGUGCCUUUGAAACCUGGGGGUGGAAGUAUGCUUGUGACGCAGGAUAACAAAGCAGAAUAUGUCCAGCUUGUCACUGAACUUCGAAUGACAAGAGCCAUUCAGCCUCAGAUCAACGCUUUCUUACAGGGAUUUCAUAUGUUCAUUCCACCUUCUCUCAUACAACUUUUUGAUGAAUAUGAAUUGGAGUUACUGCUUUCUGGCAUGCCAGAAAUUGAUGUGAGUGAUUGGAUAAAAAAUACAGAAUACACAAGUGGCUAUGAAAGAGAAGAUCCAGUUAUUCAGUGGUUCUGGGAAGUUGUGGAAGCUAUUACUCAAGAGGAGCGAGUUCUACUUUUGCAGUUUGUUACUGGCAGUUCCAGGGUUCCUCAUGGUGGGUUUGCUAAUAUCAUGGGUGGAAGUGGAUUGCAGAACUUUACAAUUGCUGCAGUGCCAUAUACUCCAAACCUGCUACCGACCUCAAGCACAUGCAUCAACAUGCUCAAGCUACCUGAAUACCCAAGUAAAGAAAUACUCAAGGACAGACUUCUUGUGGCACUGCAUUGUGGGAGCUAUGGUUAUACAAUGGCAUGAUGAAGUCUGGAAAUCUCAUCUGUCUGCUGAUGCGCAGUUCAGAGUGGCAGAAGUAAUUUAGGAAACUGUCAACAGGAAGCAGCCUAAAUGAAGCCCAAAGACAGGGCUGAUGCUUAAAAUUCAUAAAGGAUCAAGUUUGUUUUUUUCCCCUUCUCUUUUCUAUUGUAUGUUUUCUCAGUUUGUGAUACACUUAGAAAAAAAUCACAGUUAGACUUCAUUUUCU